AUGAACAAAAUAGUUCCAACACAAAUUGGUCAUUAUUGUCAAAAUAAAGGACGCAUAUAUAGAAAGAUAAACAUAAUGGAAAUUAAAAAUAUUAAGGAAAAUUUGAAAAGUAUGAAGGAUGCAUACGAUCCUAAAGAAGUAGAGUCCAAAUGGUACACCUUUUGGGAAAAGAAUGAUUAUUUUAAACCAAAAAAAGAAUUAUUGAGCUGUAAAGAAAAUAGCAAAAAAUUUGUUAUUGUAUUACCACCACCGAAUGUUACUGGAACGUUGCAUAUUGGUCACACACUAACAAUAGCAAUUCAAGAUUCUCUAGUUCGAUAUAAAAGAAUGAAAAAUUAUUUAACUUUAUACAUACCGGGAACAGACCAUGCAGGUAUAGCAACUCAAACUGUUGUUGAGAAAAUGUUAUUUAAAAAAGAACAAAAAAUAAGACAAGAUUAUGAAAGAGAGGAAUUCGUAAAGAAAAUAUAUGAAUGGAAAGAUCUACAUGGAAAUAAAAUUAAUAAUCAAAUUAGAAGAAUUGGUGCAUCUGUUGAUUGGUCACGAGAAUAUUUUACUAUGAAUGAAAAAUUGUCAAUUGCAGUUAAAGAAGCUUUUAUUAAAUUUUAUGAAAGUGGAUUAAUUUAUAGAGAUAAUAGAUUAGUUGCAUGGUGCCCUCAUUUAAAAACAGCAUUAUCAGAUAUUGAGGUAAAUGUUGAAGAAAUAAAAAAACCUACCAAAAUUAAAAUUCCUUCUUUUAAUCAUUUAGUAGAAGUUGGCGUACUAUAUAAAUUUUUUUACCAAAUAAAAGAUAAUGAAGAAAAAAUAGAAAUUGCAACAACACGUAUUGAAACGAUGCUGGGAGAUGUUGCUGUGGCCGUUCAUCCAGAUGAUAAAAGAUACAAACACUUAGUAGGGAAAGAAAUAAUUCAUCCUUUCAUUCCUGAGAGAAAAUUAAUUAUCAUUGCGGAUAAUUUUGUGGAUAUGGAUUACGGUACUGGUGCUGUGAAAAUAACUCCAGCACAUGAUAAAAAUGAUUAUGAAAUGAUGAAAAGACACAAUUUAAAUUAUAUUAAUAUAUUUACAUUAGAUGGACAUAUUAAUAAAAAUGGGGGGAAAUUAUUUGAAGGUUUACAUAGAUUUGAAUGUAGAUUUAAAAUUCAAGAAGAAUUAAAAAAAUUAAAUUUAUUAUCAGAUAAAAUACCAAAUUCUAUGUCUCUUCCAUUAUGUUCAAGAACCAAUGAUAUUAUUGAGUAUAUGCUUAUACCACAAUGGUAUUUAAACUGUAGUGAAUUGGCUGAACAAGCCAUUCAUUAUGUAAACAGUAAGGAACUUUUAAUCAUCCCUUCCCAACAUGUUAAUACCUGGUUUUAUUGGUUACAAAAUGUACGUGAUUGGUGCAUAUCAAGGCAGCUAUGGUGGGGUCAUAGAAUCCCUGCUUAUAAAAUUAUCAGAAAGAAAGAAACAGGAGUUGGAGGAACAACCAGUGAAAAAUCUAAAGAUAGAGAAGAGGACAAGAUAGAUACUAUUUUCGAGGAAAACCAAGAAGAGUGGGUUGUUGGAAGAUCCUACGAUGAGUGCAUGGAAAAGGCCAAGAAGUUAAUUGGAGAAAAUAUUGAAUUUAAUUUAGUACAAGAUGAGGAUGUACUAGAUACAUGGUUUUCUUCUUCUUUAGUUCCAUUUAGUUCUUUAGGAUGGCCAGAAAAAACACAAGAUUUGGAACAUUUUUUUCCAAAUACUGUCCUAGAAACAGGUCAAGAUAUUUUAUUUUUUUGGGUCGCUAGAAUGGUAAUGGUUUCAAUACAUUUAAUGAAGAAGCUUCCAUUUAACACUAUCUAUUUGCAUUCUAUGAUUAGAGAUUCGAAGGGAGAAAAAAUGAGUAAAAGUAAAGGUAAUGUAGUUGAUCCGUUAGACAUCAUUGAUGGAAUUAGCUUAGAAGGAUUACAUCAGAAAUUAUAUGAAGGAAAUUUACCAGAAAAAGAAAUCAAACGGGCAUUAGAAUUACAGAAAAAAGAAUUCCCUAAGGGAAUACCAGAAUGUGGCACAGAUGCCUUAAGAUUUGGUCUCUUAACAUAUCUAAAACAAGGAAGAAAUGUAAACUUAGAUAUUAAUAGAAUUAUUGGAUAUAGACACUUUUGUAAUAAAUUAUGGAAUGCUGUAAAAUUCUUUUUAAAAACUUUGCCUGAUAAUUAUGAUAAUUAUAAUAUCUUACUUUACCAACCGGAACAUGUUAAGUCACUUGAGUGGGAAGACAAAUGGAUAUUGCAUCGAUUAAAUAUUUAUAUAACACUUGCAAAUGAAAGUUUUGAUACUUAUAAUUUUUCAGAGGUAGCAUUUGCUUCUUACAACUUUUGGCUUUAUGAUUUGUGUGAUGUUUAUCUUGAACUUAUCAAGGCUCGUCUGCAUACAGAAGAAUCCGCUGAAUCGGCAAAAAAAGAAUUUCCAAAUAAUCAAGAAAAAAGGGAAGAUAUGUUAGAAUCUGAGAAUGAUAGCCAUUAUAGGAAUACCAACAAUGAUUCAAAUCAUAAGAUAAAUGAAAUUGAAUGUGCUCCAAAUAAAACAUUACACGCAUGUUUAGAUUAUGGUCUAAGACUUUUACAUCCAAUUUCUCCCUUCAUAACGGAAGAGCUGUAUACUAAAAUUACAUCUGAAAAAUAUAAAUAUGACUCCAUAUCCAUAGCCCCAUACCCAGAAUAUGUAGAAUCGUGGAAUAAUGAAGAAAUAAAUUCAGAAAUGAACAAAUUUAUGAGCAUUGUUAAACAUUUUAGAUCUUUUAUUUCAAACCUUGAAAUUCCUCCGAAAAUAAAACUCAAUUGUUAUAUUGCUGCAAAAAAUAAGGAAGAUGAAAAUUUUAUCAUAAAAGUAAAAAGUAAAAUCCAAACGUUAGCAAAAUUAUCCGCAUUAAACAUUACCAAGUACAAUGUGGAGGAACUACAAGAUGAAGAGAAAAUGCAAAUAAAAAAAUGUCUAAAAGACAUUAUUUCCAACCAGUUUAUUAUCUAUGUUCAGUCGACUGAAGAAUAUCUGAAACCGUUACUAAAUAAUAUGUUAAAUAAAAAUAAAAAGCUCCAAGGUUCCUUAGAUUCAUAUUUAAAAAAAAUCAAUGAUCCAAAUUAUGAACAAAAAGUACCAGAACAGGUGAGAAGUUUGUACUCGGAAAAAAUUGAGCAGUUAAACGCACAAAUAUUGGCCGUAUCAAACAUUAUUGCCGAAAUAAAUGAAUGCUUACAAAAUUCAUGA